UGCUUUCUUAAUAAACUUGCUUUCACUUUAUGGGCUUGCCCUGAAUUCUUUCUUGCAUGAGAUCCAAGAACCCUCUCUUAGGGCCUGGAUCGGGACACCAGGAGACACCCUGGAUGGGUUUCCUGAAUCGACAGAUGAGCCUUCCACGCGGGGAGACCUGGAUUCUUAUUGUUUUUGUGGCUCCUUCCGUCUGCACGUGCGGACGGGGCCCCGGUCGCACUCGGGUGGUCAGCCUGGCACCCACAGCGCCGGCGUGUAGGGGGCCUUGGGUGCCACCGAGUCCGGGAGGAAAUCUAGGCCACCAUCUGUCCGGAGACUGGCACAUGUGACCACCCACCCAACAUGUAUUGAAUAACGGCUUGGAGGUCCUUUCUCUAAGACUGCACCGAUAAACGAUUACCAACUGUCAACCUCACGGCCCCUUCGCUUCCGGCCGCAUUGCCGCGCUGCCUACGCCUGCGCACUCAGGGGCUGCAGGCAGGAGGAACGUACCAACUGCGGGGCGGGGGGUGCGCGCGGAGACCCCCGCGAGCUGCGUUCCCGGAAGUAACCCCUGGUGCAUCCUGGAAUCCAGAGCGCCCACUACGGCCUUUGGCCAGGCCCCUGGAUGCGUUCCAGGAGCUCAGGCCUGCGGCGUUUGGAGAAGCACGUUGGCCAACCCGUCGGGUGGUGGGCAAUGGGCCCAGGGGUCAGGGGCCGGUAAACGGCUGGCGGCGGGUCUGCGGCUCUUACCUGCCGAGGAGGCGCCGGCUCUGCGGUGCGGAGUUGCGCCGCACUUCCCAGCUUGGCCAGUGGCUCCGCGGGCUGCCGGCUCCACCCCUCAGGGUGGGGUUCUACUUCUCUUGCAGGCACAAGAGAAGUAGAAGAGUGGCCCCUUUCCUUCUGGACACGCACUUGGGAAAAGGCCUGAUUCAUUUGGAUUGAAGGUUGACUCCCAACAGUGCCAGCUGCACUGUCAUCCUGAAGUACUCCCGUGGAAGAGAACACGGUGGUGUUACUGUUGUACCAGUGAUGACACAAGAUCCCAGAUCUCCCUGAUGGGUCUGCGGGGAUUGAAGAUUGUGAAGCAAUAGCCUAAGGUGACUGAAUUUUGUACUACGUGGCUUUGUACAUGUGAUGCUCUGUUAAAACAUAAGUGGGUGUGAAGGUCCUUGAAUACACCUUGUCUGUGUGGGGACUGGCUGGCUUCGAGCAGGGAACUGGAACCAGGCCUCCUGGCACUGGCCUGGGGAGAGUGGAAGGUGCCUGCUUCGGGGCGAGCACCAGUUGACCCCCAGUGGAACCCCGUGACAGUCCUGCCAGGGCCCAGGCCAUCCCAGCCGACUUCCGUCUCAUGGAGCCUCCAGGGGAGAAGCCGGGAGAGGCUGGCGGGCUGCAAAUCACACCCCAGCUGCUGAAGUCGCGCACAGGCGAGUUCUCCCUGGAGUCCAUCCUGCUGCUGAAGCUGCGUUGCUUGGGACUGGCCGACCUGGGCUGCCUGGGAGAGUGCCUGGGCCUGGAGUGGCUGGACCUAUCAGGCAACGUGCUUACCCACCUGGGCCCGCUGGCCUCCUUGCGCCAGCUGGCCGUGCUCAAUGUCUCCAACAAUCGGCUAACGGGCCUGGAGCCACUGGCCACCUGUGAGAACUUGCAGAGUCUCAAUGCCGCAGGCAACCUACUGGCCACCCCAGGCCAGCUGCAGUGUCUGGCCGGGCUACCCUACCUGGAGUACCUGCGGCUCCGAGACCCUUUGGCCCGGCUCAGCAACCCGCUCUGUGCCAGCCCCUCCUACUGGGCUGCAGUCCGGGAGCUGCUGCCUGGCCUGAAAGUCAUCGACGGUGAGCGUGUGAUUGGGCGUGGUAGUGAGUUCUACCAGCUGUGCCGAGACCUGGACAGCUCCUUGCGUCCCAGCUCCAGUUCCGGCCCCAGAGCCACCGAGGCCCAGCCCUGGGUGGAGCCAGGCUACUGGGAGUCCUGGCCCAGCCAGAGCAGCUCCAUCCUGGAGGAGGCCUGCCGGCAGUUCCAGGACACACUGCAGGAGUGCUGGGACCUGGAACGCCAGGCCAGCGACAGCCUGGCCCAGGCAGAGCAGGCACUCAACUCUGCGGGCCCCACCUCUUCCUUCGUCUUCUGAAUGUGGCCCAUGGCCCAGGACAGCCUGGCGGGUGGCCUCGCUGCACCCAGCUCCCCCCAGCUCCCCUCCCUGCCCCACCCCCAGCUCCCCUCCCUGCCCCCACACUCAUCUUGGUUGCUUCACCCUGGUUACUGGCCGUGUAUGCUGGGCUAUUGCUUUAUCCCUAUCCUGAGAGCAGCCCCUCCCCAUGAUCCCUCCACAUGCUGCAAGGAGGCACUGAAGGUCCUUGAGCAGGUGUAAAGCCUCCCACCACCGGUGCGCCUGUUUCCGCAGCUGCUACCACUCCGGGCUGCUCUAGCCUGCGACUUAGUGGAAGGAGUUACUUCUUCCUGAGGCUACAGGCGAGAAAGGUAGGGAUGGGUCAGCCUCUCGUCCCAGCUGUUGGGAGAGAGUAGGCAGGCUGAGUGGCCCAGAGCACUCCUGGAAGCAGAAGCGGGACUCCCCUGCCUUGCAAAUGUGCCUCUCCAGACUGCUACUGUACUCCUUCCCGUCCCGCCCUGGUACCUUCUCUGCCCUUUCUCGUCCACACAUCUAUUAAAUGCUUCUGUUUUCAUUUGCA